AUCGGAAAAUGCAGUAGACUAUGAUGUUCGCUAGAGCACGACUAUAUUAGCGCAUUCAUGAAUCAUCAGUCCCCACCGACAUAUUUACACCAAGAACUGUAAAGUGGCCAGAAUCAAGCGUUAAGAAGAGGGAUGACAUGAAACUCAAAAAAUAAAUAUUAACACUGCACACCUCACAAUUCAGGUGUGAAAAGACCGUGUUGAUUGUUACAUGCAUUUGGACACACUAGUCGGCCAAUCAGAACCAAGCCUUGAACCGCAAACCGCCUGCAAACAUUUGGCACCAUAGUCGACCACUUCUGAUUGGGUUCUAAUGUCUAAACCAUGGAUUUUCGUAUCCCCCUCCAGCCGGGGUAUAGGCCACGCCCUAACCCGGCAUCUCCUCCAAACGACCAACCUACCCAUCAUCGCUACCUGCCGGUCUCGUGACACCUCGGCGGCAAAGGCGUCGCUAUUAGACAACCUCUCAGCACCAAACAACUAUUACAAGGAAGACCGCGCCUCGCGGCUCGUUGUCUUCCAGCUCGACGUCACGGACGAGUCCUCCAUAAGAGAGGCGUCCGAGCGGGCCGAGGAGCUCUUCCCAAGAGACAAGCACCACCUGCACCUGGGCCUCGCGAUGCCGGGGAUCCUGCACCCAGAGAAGGCGCCGUCACAGGUCGACUACGGACAGGCGGAAGACACAUUCCGGGUCAACGCGCUCGGGCCCUUGAUGCUCAUGAAGCACUUCGGAGAGUUCCUGCCGGGGAAGCGCACCGAGCUCUCAGCCCCGCCGGAGCCGGAGCCGGAGCCGUCGGGGGAGCGGCGUCUGGCCGGGCUGGGGCUCCCCAGACACGCGACAUGGCUGAACAUGUCGGCGCGCGUGGGCUCCGUCUCGGACAACAGGCUGGGCGGCUGGUACAGCUACCGGGCGUCGAAGGCGGCGGUCAACUCGCUCACCAAGACCUUUGACCUGCACCUGCGGAACCGCUGCGGGGACAAGGCCAUGGCCAUCGCGUACCACCCGGGAACCGUGAAGACGGAGUUCUCUCGGGAGUUCUGGGGCAAUGUGAAGGAAGAAAAACUGUUCAGUCCUGAGUUUGCUGCCGAGAAGCUGUUUGGAGUGGUAUGCUCGAGAGGUGUGAACGAGCACAGGGGUCGGAUUUGGGAUUGGGAUGGGAAAGAGGUCUUGCCAUAAUAAAAUAUAGUGCUGUUCUGUGGAACGGGAGCAAUUCGUCGUAGUCCUGUAAACAGAGCACCAUGAAACCAGGCAAGCAACUGCCAUUAAAACUAUUGACCAGGAGAGGGUUAUGAAGACCAGCCUACAAAACCGUUUUUAUUGACAUGUUUAAAAAC